AUGAAUGCCUUCGCCCUUUUCCUGGUCCUAGUCCAUUGGGCGUUGGCUAGCCAUCAGCCUGACCCAGGUAUCUUCCAGUUUACUCAGUCCACAUACAAUUUGAGUAUCAGCGAGAAAUGGGAGCUCAACAGUCCAGCCUGGACCUCGAAUCCAGUGCGAGUGGGGGUGUACCUGCCCUCAGGGUAUGACAAUGUAAAGUUCAAAGCAGUCCAAGGAGAUGGCAGUGCAUUGUUCAAAUUGACAGCCAAAAAGAUUGGCGACUUCGCCUUCUUGGUUGUCUCAUUGAAGGACAGGGAGAUUGUGAACAGAGAGCUACAGGUAUGCUUUGCAUGUCUAAUUAUAGGAAUGUAAAUGUAUUGUUUAGUUUACUGAUAAUUGCAUAAAAUACUGUGUUACGGCAAAAACUUCAAAAUAUGAUAACUAAUACCUUUUUUAGGACGAGUACGAGUUAGUGAUAAAGGCUAGUGCGCGGAAGAAGAGAGAAGGCAACUUCGAAGCUCAAUGUAUCGUCAACGUUCGUGUAGUCGACGACAACGACAUUCUACCGUUCUUUAGGGAUCCUGAAUACAAGGUAGAUGUGGAUAACAAGGUAAGCUUAACGUACUAUAAGUUACUGUUUUGUAUGACAAACAUAAUAUAAAUUAUGUUUUAAACUAUAUGAGAGUUACACUAAAUUAACAUUUCAGCUUUCUGUCAACUCAAAACUAGUCCAGCUACGUGCUGUAGACGCGGAUUCAGGACUGAACGGUGAACUUCUGUAUUCUUUCAAGUCGUCUUCAGAAUUCUUCUACAUUGAACCACGAACUGGCUGGAUACGAUCGUACAAAACCCUAGUACCAGGCACAUAUACCUUAACAUGCUCAGUAGAAGACCGUGCUUCAAGGUUGCUUCAGAAGAAACGUCCUCCGGGCUUCAAUUCUCAGGUUACGGUAACCAUCAACGUCAGAGAUACACCGUCGUUUCCUCCGAUUCUGAGCGACAAGACCUUCCUCUUGAAGUACUACACGAAAGGCCUUCAGAAGGCCGCCUUACUGGAGUUGUCAGAAUCCGAUGCUCAGUUGGAUCUCAGCACUGACGUAUUGGACAAAGGCAACACUGUGCUGGAGCGGGUAUCGGCCAAGCAGUAUCUUCUGUACGUUGCCAAUGUAGCCAAGAAGGCUCCAGAAUCGGUAUCGUUGAUUCUGAAGGACAACAAGAACAAGGUCUACACGGCCGAGAACAUCACGUUGACGAUGGAUUCUGAAUCCAGGAAAGUGUGGUUCCAUGGAGCUACAGAAGAGGAAACACCCAGAGUAAAGGUUACUGUAUACGACGACAUGGUGGAGAAUACUGUAGUUCACAGGUUCGAAGCCAACACAUCGUAUGUUGAGGAUGCCAACGGUGUAAAGUAAGUGUCUUAUCUGUUACCGUAUAUUAUUUUUAGAGGAACAAUUCCUGAUUUUGUAACAGUACCCUGUUGUUGUUUGUAUAGCAAGCCAUUGUUAAUUUUUGUAAUUAUAUUGGUUUCAGAUACCGUAUCCAUGGCAAAGAGAGCAGUAAAGUACCGUUCUUCGUGGAGAAGAAUACCGGGAUUCUGAGAGUGAAAGGGCCCUUAGGGCCUCUGUCUUCUCCACAGAUAUUCGAAUUCUCAAUUGUGGCCAAGUUGGACAACAUGGACGACAGAACUGAGAAGGCUUUCAUCGACGUCUUUGUUACAGUAACCCCUCGGAAUUUGAAAUGUCCAAAAGUCACAAACAUACCAAAGAACUACAGAGUAAAUCUGAAGGAUACCAAGGUUGGGCAGGUCAUUUUUACUCCGAAGUCGGACAUUGAUAAUGUCAUCUACAAGUUACAGUAUGCAAAGGACGAGUACUGUAGGAUUGAGAAUGGAAAUGUAAAUUUUUAUAAAAUAUUUCUGAUGACAGUGUGCUACAUUGCUAUAAAAUACUAGAAUAUUAUGUUACAGUAGCAUGUUAGAAUACACUUUUUAAUUUAGGUUCUAAGAGUACAUUACAUUACAGUAGGGUUAAAAUCUCAAUUUUAGGUGAUCUUAAGCAAGAGUACCUCGAAACCCUUCCAAGUGUCACUCAUGGCUAUAAAUAAGGCCGAUUACAUAUUACUGUACACUACAGUAACCCUGGUUGCCACUUUUAAUGCUACAGAGAGAGUAACUCUGACUGGUAAUGUAACUGACACUUGUUUGUUACCUAAUUUGCAUAAGCCGACUUUUGGAAAUACAGUAAACUUGAGAACGACGGACACUGUAGCUGUUGGAACGGUAAGUAAAAGUUUCAUAAUGGAAAUUAACUUAAAAGUUAUGUUACUACUGUAACUGAGUCUAACUUACUGUAACAUUUCAGAAAGUCGGGAAAAUAACAGCUAAAGACAAGGACUACGGUAUCAACGGGAUAGUACGGUACCUGACUCCAGACCCCUACUUCAACAUUGACUUUGAAAGCGGAGAAAUUACAGUAAUCCGACCGAUUCAGCACCUCACCUCCGAUGUCUACAGUAUGACUGUGGAAGCUACUGACAUGGCCUACAGUAACCGGAAGACCGAAAUGACUACGGUAGAUAUCCAGAUACAACACAGUAACCUCCACUCUCCAGUGUUUGAGAAGGCUAAUUACUACGUCAGAAUCAAGGAAGAGCAGAUUCCUGACGGUGAGCUUCUCCGUCUGAAGGCUGUGGACGAGGAUUCUGGAGCCAACGGUCGAGUCGAAUACCGUAUAGCUGUCGAAACUGAACUGGCAUCAGUAGACCCUGACACUGGAGCGUUCAGAAUAGAACGAGCUUUGGACAGAGAGCUACAGCCAUCGUACACUUUCCAGAUUCUGGCCAUCGACCGAGGAUUGCCACCACAGUACUCCAUGUGCAAUGUUACAGUAAUCCUGGAAGAUGUGAACGACAACGCUCCGAGUUGCUUGAAGACCGAGCACGAUGUCAGAAUCUACGAAGACAUUCCGAGUGGCGUCAUGAUGAUGUGUGUAGCGGCUACAGAUAGUGACCAUGGAUUGAACGGUAAACUGAAGUACGGUACCACCGACAGCAGGUUUACUGUAGACUCGGAGUCAGGCUGUAUAUUUACCAUGUCUGAAUCCUACGAAGAACACGCCGAAUACCGUUUUAAUGUUACAGUAACCGACCACGGAGACCCCCAAAAGUCUACGGAAUGCCCUGUGCGGGUUACUGUAGAUGACGUGAAUCAGAAUCUAUUGCCGCCAAUCUUCUCUGAAGCCGUUUAUGAAGCGGUGAUCGACGAGAAUACGGUAGGAAGAACCAAAGUGGCUACGGUAAAAGCUACGGACCCAGAACAAUAUUCUGUAGCCUACCGUAUCGCUGGAGGAGAUGGUAUCGGGCUGUUUACUGUAGAUAGGUAUUCUGGAGGUGUGUACGCAGAGGAAGCGUUGGAUGCAGAAGACAAAGAAUACUACUGGCUAGCCGUAGAAGCUCGCGAUGUAGCCAAAGUACCUUUGAGUACAGUAACCUUUGUCAUCGUGAAGGUCGUGGAUGUGAAUGACCACGUUCCGCUCUUCAGUCAGCCGGUUUACUACGGUAAGAUCGCCGAGAAUUCAGAAGCCAACAAAGUGGUCGUCAAGCUGAACGCUACAGACGGAGACCGUACCCAGAGCACGGUGAAGUACAGUAUCGAGCGAGGGAACGUCCAGUCCAACUUCCUUCUGGAUGAGAACACUGGCUUCUUGGUGACAGGACGACGUCACCUCGACCGUGAGACCCAACCAGUUCACGAGCUCUACGUCAAGGCUUGUGACUCAGCACCGUCCCCACGAUGCAGCACCGUGCUCGUGCUGAUCACUGUGCUCGACGAGAACGACAACGCUCCAAAGUUUAAGCAAACUGCCGUCGUUCUCAAGAUUCCGGCCAACAAAACAGGAUUCUUGACCAGAAUCUUCGCCGACGAUGCAGAUGAAGAUGGCCCCAACUCCAUCGUGAGCUACAGCUUCGAACACAACACUGACUCCAGAUUCUCCAUCGACGAGUACGGUAGAUUCUCGACUUCUGAACCUCUGAAGGCCGGUUCUGAAUUCAAGUUUACCGUAGCAGCUACAGACAGUGGGGAGAAAAGACUCAGAAGCGACACUUCUGUCACGCUGAAUACAGUAGCACCGUCUUCGACUUCCAACAGCACCAAUAACCGACCGGUCUUCAGAAGUCCCGAGAAGUGGCGUCAUCUCUACGCUUCUGACCGAGAUACUGUAGGAACCGUACUCGGGAGGGUAGAAGUUGAGGAUGCAGAUGACGAUCCUCUGUGGUACGAUAUCACCAAUACCUUCUGGAACCCCAACGGCACCUUUACCUUCUACGGAAACAAUGGAGAGCUUCUGCUGGCACGGAGGGUGAAUCUGAUCGAUCUGAAUCUGAAGACGAUCGAACUCGAGAUCGUGGUGUCAGAUGGCUGGGUCGAGAUCUACGAGAAGCUCUACAUUCACAUUACUCGCUCUCUUCACAACCGACCGGUCUUUGACCAAUUAGUCGCUCAAGUGGAUGUUCCCGACGACUUCUCUGUAGGCUACGUGCUACAUCAGCUGAACGCCAGAGUCAACUCUUCUCACAGUAGCGUCAGUCACGGUGACAACGUCGUCUAUAACGUCCACAUGAUCGACGAUGCUCUCAGCUACGACUGUGUCAAGGUAGACUCGGCUACAGGAGCCUUGAUUCUGGAGAAGACGUUGCCUCGAGCGAUGGGGCGAGAGUUUACGGUAGUUGUAACUGCCAAAGCUAAUGGUGGUCUUGAGAACAUGGCCAUGGUGAACUUCAGAAGGCUGCCUGUCAACCUACACACUCCCAGAUGUGUAGAUGACACAAUUACCUACUACGUAGAUGACAGUAAUGUAAUCGGCCAAGUCUUGGCAUAUGACCUUGAUAUUGGAGUAGAUGGUGAAAUCGGGUAUCAGAUUGAGGGUGGCAAGUACAACAUCGACAACAAGAGUGGCCUUAUCACAACAGAAGAUAUUGUAAAACAAAAUGGUACCAUUCUAGUGAAAGUGGCCGACAAAAGCAAAAGUAACGCCAGAUCUACAAUAUGCACGGUAAAUGUCAUCAGAAAGGAGACGUAUGACAUCUUGACCUUUAAACAGUAAGUGUUUUAACAUAAUAAAUCGUUUUGGAGUUGUCAAUAUCAAUAUCGACCUCAAAGUUUAAUUAUAAAAUACUUUCAGAAGUUACAGUAACCUUGUGGUAGAUACAAACACCUACCAGAAGGUACCAUCUCGGAUUCUGGAAGCUGACAGUAACCAACUGACCACUUUCGGCUCCAGUAAUUGUAAAUUCAUCGACAUUGGAUUCGGGAAUGGGGUACUACAACAAGCGUCGUAUCUUGGCCCUAUAGACAUCGACCGGUCUUACUGUACAAUUUUUGGCCAAGCUUCUGACCAAUCAAUCUACAGUAAUCUCUCGGUUACUGUCAAGGCCUCGAAAGAUGAUCGAUCGGAACAAGUUGAUGCCUAUGGCUAUAUACGAACUGAUGCUGUAUCUGGAUCGUAUGUCUACAGAGAUGUAAACAUGACAGAGAAGCUGAAACUGCCAUCAGAGAGUAGAACAAAGAUAAUAUCGCCUCAGGAGAGAUACUUUGGGGUAGAUAACAAAGGGUUCGUAUAUGCAAAGGAUAUCAAAGGGAUCGAAGCGGUAAGAGAUUACUGUACUUUUAGUAACUGUACUUUCAGAAUGAUUACUGGUCGUUUUUGGUCGGAAUUCAAAAGUAUUCUGAGCUGUCGGUUACGUUGGUCAACGUCCAUAUACAUCUUGUGGCCACUAACAAGAGAGCACCAGUCUUCAAAGAACACGACACCUUUUACCUUACUAUUCCAGCAUAUAAAAGUAAGUCACGUUAUAAUAGAUUUUUAUAAUAGAUUUGUAUAUUUAAUAUUGUUGCAUGUUGUAGUAUCUUGAAGACCGUGCCAUUUUAAAAACUUGACAACUUGUUAUUUAGAUACACAGAUUGGUACCGUACAAGCAUCCGAUCCAGACGGCGACAUCGUGAAAUACGCAGUAAGAACUACGAAGGGAUUGGGCUCGUUUGUCACGGUAGACAGAGAUUCUGGAGAAAUCGUUCUGAAGAACGACGUCAAGUCUGGAGUGAUUGGAAGUGAAGAAUCUCUCGAAAUCAUUGCUUCUGAUGGUAUUCACACGACCACUUCCAAAGUCAGAAUCCUCAUCAACGGAGAUCAUCAAACAUUAAAGUGCAGGUCAGAAUACACCGUAAAGGCUUCUGAAAACUACACUUCAGUCCAGCCGAAGCUCCUGACUUGGCUAGACUGGCCGAUGAAUGCAGAAUCUGGAGAAAACUUCAGAUUCAGACUUUUGAACGACGCUUCCGACAACUUCAAGAUUGACGAUAAGGUUGGGAUUCUGUAUCUGAAUGGAAAGAAUCCACUCGACCGUGAACAAAAUUCUGAGUUCGAUCUCACGGUAAAGAUAGUAUCACUGGAGAAGAGCGAACGCUACUGUCAGACCGUGAUCCACAUUACAGUAGACGACGUCAACGACUGUAUCCCUGAAUUCCAACAUCUACCGUACGAAAUCUGGCUAUCAGAAGAUGUUAAGGAAGGCGAAAGGCUUCUCACAGUAAAGGCCAAAGACGACGAUGUGGGAUUGUACGGUAAUGUACGAUACUCGCUGGAUUCAGAUGCUCAACACUUCCUGGAGAUCAACAAAAUCGACGGUAAAAUCAAACUCAAGGAGAAGCUGACUUCUGGAGAAGCUGGCGUUGGUACCGUGCAUCGCUUCCAUGUCAUCGCUCAAGAUCAAGGUAGGUUUACUACUAUAAUAUAAGUUAUUUAAUUGUUUCUUUACAUAAUUUAAGAUUAUAUUGUACUGAUAUGUUUACAGGAAAUCCUCCAUUGGAAUCUAAAGCUGAAGUUAACUUACACAUAACUGACAGGAACCAGCCCAUCUUCUCUCACACACGGUAUACUACACGGAUCUCAGAAGCUUCAGCCCCUGGAACGACCAUCUUCAACGUGCAUGCUAAGAGUAACACGAACGGCACGUUGGCGUACGUUAUCGUAGCCGGAGAUCCCCUGAAACAGUUCAACAUCGACUUCUUCUCAGGUAAAUCUUCAUGGUGAUAUACAUAACUGCUGUUAUCGUAUAUUUUAAUAUUAAGAUCUUGCCCAUAACUUGUGAUCAUUUCAGGAAGAAUCACGGUCAACUCAGAGCUGGACCGAGAAGCCGUUCCCGAGUAUAUCCUGGAGAUCAAAGCGGUCGAUUUGAGUCGAAAAGGAAUCAACGCCACCGCCUACGUCAAGGUGAGUGUGGACGACGUGAACGACACUCCACCUCGCUUCCUCCAACCAAUCUACGAGUUCGAGAUCCUCGAGAAUUCCCCAGAAGGCACUUUGUUAGGUCAAGUGAACGCUACAGAUGCUGACACCACUCCUCCCAGCAACGUCAUCAAGUACGGCAUCGUGGAAGGGGACAAAGAUGUCAUCUCUAUUGACAGCACGUCCGGCUUGAUCUACUUGGUCGGGAGCCUCGACUUCGAGAACAAAUCUGAAUUUGAAUGGAUCGUCAAGGCUUCAGAUUCAGAUGACUUCAGUUCCCAAGGCUUGAUCAGACUCACCGUGCGGGACGAGAACGACAAUGCUCCAACGUUCCUCGACGUGAAUCCUUAUCAAGUGACGUUGACUUCAGACGAAUCGAACGAUCAGUUCAUUCACUGGUUCAAGGUCACUGACAAGGACACGGUGUUGUCUCCACCUUUCAAGAAUCACGAAUUCAGAAUCUUUGCAGGCGACGAAACUUUGUUUACAGUAACCAGAGACGGUGCUCUGAGAAGAAUCCGACCUUUCGAUGCUACAGAAUUAGACUCGCUUCAGAAUGGAAAGAAUCUGACUUACAAAAUCAACGUUACAGUAUCCGAUGGUCUGUUUGUAACGCCUUUAGAUAAUGUAGUGACUUUCGUACCGUCUAACAAACAAUUGGAUAGCCUGGCGUUUGAUACAGUAGCCCCUACAGUAACCAUCAACCAGAACAUGGUGAUACUCAACAAGACAGUAGUUACCACUCUCAAGGCUAACGGAGGCCACGAACCUAUAACGUACUCUGCUUUGGUAUCUUCGCCGUUCCUGACCGUGAAUCCAGACAACGGGAAUCUGUAUCUCUCAAACAGAAUCCCCAACGUCAGAGAAGACAUCCAGAUUCCGUUCUUGGCGAGAGAUACCUACAAUAAUAUAGCUGUCCAGAAAUUGACAGUUCAUGUAGAAGCAAACAACGAGAAUACUCCAAUGUUUGUCGCUCCAAAGGAUGGCUACAGUAUGUUCGUGUCUUCAGCUUCGAUGGACGGUGAUCGGAUCGGCAAGAUUCUGGCUGUAGACGACGAUGAAAACGAUAUUCUGGAGUACUCCUUUACUAAAGGUGUAAAGUCAUUGACUUUAGACCCAAAGAACGGCUACAUCAUGGUGAAGAAGGCUACAUCGUUGAGUGAUGUAGAUGUUAAAGUAAGUGUGAGUGACAGAAACAACCCUCCCCACACCUCCUCGGUCAACUUCAACAUCAAGGUCGUUGAUGGGCCAGUGCCACAGUUCUCCAGAUUCCACUACUUCUUCUCGAUGUCAGAAGACGCCAAACAAGGUAGGUUAACAUGAAUAACAGUCAGUUAUCUAGGUAUACUACACUUAUCAGCUUUUAAAUAACUUCAAAACUACAUUUACAACUAAAUAGAGCUCUAACGAAGUUGAUAACCACGAAAAUACAAUAUUAACUUACGUUUUAAAUAAUUUUUGUUGUUAUAGGCAAACUGAUCGGCCAGCUGAUGGUCAGCCAAGGUGAAGACGUCAAGUAUGACAUUCCCAAGUUGAUAAACAGCCAGGUCGUGCCAUUUGUAGUGGAAGAAACCAGUGGAAAGAUCACGUUGAAAGAGGAAAUCGACAGAGAAAACAAGAAGAAGUUCGACUUUGUAGUCAGAGUGAGGGAUCAGAACCAGAGGACCGCCUUCAGCUACGUCACCAUCAACGUCAUCGACGUCAACGACAACGCCCCCGUCUUCCAGAACAAAGAACAUCAGUAAGUCCACAUUUCUAAAAACAAAAUUCUAAUUUCUUUAAUUUUUGAAUUUCUCCCAAAGUAGGGCGUUAAUCGUUGCGGGACCCAACUAAACAUCAGAUGUUUUAGGUUAUCGUUGAGAGAAGAUGUAAAAGUGGACCAAAUCGUGUAUAUAUUCACAGCAAAUGACAAAGACUCUGGUGAGAACGCAAAAGUAUCUUACGAACUCAACGACAACAGCUACUUCAAGAUCGACAGAGACAAUGGAUAUCUGAAGGUGAAGAAAGCAUUGGACAGAGAGACAGCAGACAAACACAGUCUGGAGAUCACGGCCAAAGAUGAAGGAGGCCUGUCUUCAACGUUCUCAUUUACCAUCAACGUGCUUGACGUGAAUGACAACGUCCCCCAGUUCGAUCAGCUCAUGUACAAGAUCACGAGCCCGAUCAAGGGUCUGAAGGUCGGUCAGAAGAUAAUUGACUUCAAGUUGAGUGACGGUGAUUCGAGUGAGGUUCAAAAUGUCACUGUAUCUUUGUACACCGAUAAGAUGAACGGUCUGCUUGAGGUAGAGGGAUAUAAAGUAAUAUUAACCAAGAUACCAACUGAAGCCGUUGCCUUGAAGGGAAAGAUUACUGCGUUUGACGGGGUUUACAGUAGUGAUGCUGGGAUUGAAGUAAGUGUAUAAAAAUUUAUAUUCUUUUUGUCGCAUCAAGCCUUUUACACAUAAUACAAAGGUAAUGUGACCGUAAUACUGAUAUUUUAGGUAACAUUUGUGGGAGAGCCAGAGAAGGAUGUUUGUGAUGAGAAUGAAGAAAAGAUCAUCAUCAAGCAAGUCAGUAGGGACACGGUAGUGAAAGAAUUCGACCGUAAAGCGAUAACAAAUCACCUUCUGGACGCUGAGAAGUUGUCGUUCCAGAUCGUGAACAACACCAAGCUAGUGGUCAGCAGUUCUGUUGUGCCUGGCAAUGUAAGUUUACUUUCUUAAGUGUUAUGUAAUCCCUUUUUAAGAUUAUUACAUUACUUCACUAUAGCUAUCUAUAACAAUAUAUGUUUCAGUACUCUCUGCGAAUCCGCUCCAAACUUCGUGGAAUCAACCAGACUCCUUUGAUUUGUCUUAAAACGUUACUAGUGACGGUCGAGAACAGUAACAAGAUGACUCCUCAGUUUUCGCUACAGGAAUUCAUCGUGCAUUACCCAGAGAAUCAGAAGUCGUCAGAUGACAAGAUGGACUUGGUACUCAAGUUAGACGCCAAAGACAACGAUUACGGUAGUUAUGGUGACAUAAACUACAGUAUUGUGGCUAAUGAUAGUACUCCAGACACUCUGAAGUACUUUUACCUUGUUGGUGCUACUGGUGCACUUAUGGCAAGGGCUUCAUUUGAUAGAGAACGGCACAGCAACUUCACGGUCAAGGUAGAGGUUGAGGAUGGCGGCGGACUCAAGGAUUACGGUAAUUUUAUCUUGCUUUAAGAUAUGGAUUUUUAGUUUUUUUUAAUAAUUAAGUUUUUGUUGUGGGAUCUGAUUUUAUUUAUUUUCUUUUCAGCGACUGUAAAAGUGGUGAUUGAUGACACAAACGACAACGAACCCCAGUUCGAACAGCCAGUGUAUCACUUGAAGAUUCUGGAGAAUGAAGCCGUCGACUACGAGAUUCUGAAGCUGAUAGCUCACGAUGCCGACAACAACACCAAACUGACCUUCUACUUGACUGACAGCAAUGCCUCAAGGUACAUCUCGUUGGACAAGGAUUCUGGAGUAUUGAAAUUGGCCAAGUCUUUGGACUACGAAGAGAUUCAGCGGCUGAAGUUUGAUGUCAUUGUGUCUGACGGUGAAUUGAACUCGACAACGUUGGUGGACGUUGAAGUACUCGAUGUGAACGAUAACAGUCCGAGGUUCGAGAAGAGCAUCUACGAAGUUAAACUGAAGGAAGAUCUGAAGCCGGGUGCUACGGUAGUUACGGUGAAAGCUACGGAUUCGGAUUCUCUUCAUUUUGGAAAGAUCUCUUACAGUAUCUCUGGAGACGAUGCCAGAAUGUUUACGGUGAAUGACAAUGGAGUCAUUAAGACUACAGGAUCUUUGGAUUUCGAGAAUCAGAAGAUUUAUCGUCUAAACGUGAAGGCUGUAGAUGGUGGCACUCCAGCUUUGAGCGACGACUGUCUGGUUACUGUAGUUGUAGAGGAUGUUAACGAUAACCCUCCAGUGUUUGACGUCUGUAACCUUACGGCCGUGAUUCAAGAAGGAAUUGAGGCGGGACAGGCGCUGUUGAGAGUCACGGUAACUGAUAACGAUAGCGAGAAGUUUGGAGGACCGUUCAGGUUGGAGAUCCAAGGUGACGGUGCUUCUGCCUUCACCUUUGAUCCGCUUCUGAAUCUAAUAACAACUAGACAGCUAACGUACUCCAAGCAAAACGUUUACAAUCUUACCGUGACAGCAUACGAUGCUGGAGGACUGUCUUCAUCGUGCCCACUGAUAGUUCACGUCAAGCAACAAAGUCGGCAUCCGCCUUCUGUAGUCCCGUUGACCGUGAUGAUCAACACGUUGAUGGGGGAGUUCAACGUGAGAACUUUGGGUACGGUACGAGCUUCAGACAAAGACCCAGCUGACAUGUUACGGUACGCUAUCGUUCAGAAGGAUUCUGGGAAGAGGACUUCUCAACUCACGAUCGACUCGGCUUCUGGAGAGCUGGCUACACAAGCCAGCCUUCUGCCUGGUCUUCAUCGUUUCAACGUUUCUGUAACCGACGGCAAGUAUACUGUAUACUCGCCGGUUACUGUAGACAUCUCUAACAUUGACCAAGAAGCUCUUGAGAACUCUGUCAGCAUCAGAAUGGGCGGAGUGACGACAGAAGAGUACGUCAACAACUUCAUGAACAGAGUGCACGACGUGCUGGUUAAGGUGCUGGGGGUGAAGAUGACCAACGUUAGGGUGUUGUCAGUCCAAGAUGUCAUCAAACAUUCGAAGCGGAAACGGAAGGCUGAAGCUGUCACCGUGACCCCAACUUCAAGUCAGAUGGAGGUCGAGGUUCUGCUGACAGUGCUGAGGGAAUCUGGAGGUUACUAUCGACCGGUCUACAUAAAACAGAAGAUCACAGAAGGCAUCGCCAGGAUCACGGCAGAGGCUGGACUUGAGGUAGGUUUACUUUUUUAUAAUAAUAUUACUCUUGCAAAUGACCUAAAAGUAGAUUUAGCUAAUAUUUGUGAUUUUAGGUAACAUCACUGACCUCAGAGAUCUGUCGCCGUGACACUUGUUCCAAAGGAGAAUGUCGCGAUCGUAUCUGGCUAGACAAUGUUGAAACGACAACCUACGAUAACAUUCGUACCGGCAACACCUACAUGUUUCCUCGCUUCCAACGUACCUUUGAGUGCAUCUGUAGACAAGGCUACAGUGGGCGUCACUGUGACGUCGCCGUGAAUCAGUGUAGCCAAGAAGACGUCUGUAGCAAGAGUGAGAUGUGUGUGCCAAUGGAAGACGAGCCAAGUGGACUAGAAUGUAUAUGCCCUCCAGGCACAAAGGGAGAAAGGUGCAGAGAGAACACUUGUCCCAACGCGGCCGAGUGUUCUCAGAAGGUGGCACUGAGUAUGCUGGGCAAUGGCUACUUCCAGAUGUACUUGGGACAAUCGAUCGAACAGAGGAUGGACAUCUCCAUUGAGUUCAAGACGGCUAGCAGGGGUGCUGUGAUACUGCACGGUGCUGGACUGGUCGACUAUCACGUACUCAGAGUGGCCGACGGUGUUCUGGAGUACGAAUGGGACUGUGGCAGUGGUGCUGGCAGAGUACGAAUCGAUCAGAUCAAGGUGGAUGACGGUCACUGGCAUACUGUAAGAGUGGUACGAAGGCGACGACAAGUACAGAUGGUACUGGACGAUAAGCACCAUGGCUCAGAAGCUUCGAAGGGAAUGAGUGACGUGCUCAACUUGUACUCAGACGCCAUGGUACUCACGUUUGGAGCAAAUGUGACCAAUCGUACUCCGAAGAACACGUUUGAUUCAGUAUUAACGUUGAAAGUACUGGAGAGUGCUUCAGAAGUGAACCAAAGGGUGGAAGGUGGACUAGUUGGCUGCAUUGGGAGAGUUGGACUAGACGGCUUUGAUCUUCCCAAGAAUCCACAAGGACUGAGGAUGUACAAUACUCGAGUUGGAUGUGAUGCUCAAACGAUGGGACCGUGCUUGAACGCACCGUGCUUGAAUCAAGGACAGUGUAUUCCGAAGAAGGAGGACAAUUCUUACAGGUAUGCACAGUACUAUAUUAUACUCUAGAUGGUACCCUCUGUUUACAUUGAAUACUAUAAUUCUACUUUAUUAUUUUGAAUGUUUUCAGCUGUAUCUGUCCUCAACGUUACACUGGUGCCAAGUGUGAGAUCGACCUGAAUGCUUGUGCCAGUAGUCCCUGCCCUAAGGGCAUAAAGUGUCACAACUUGUACAACGACUUCCACUGUUCUUGCCCUCCGGGUUUUACUGGUAAAACGUGCCAAAUGCACGGUGAUUGGGACCCUUGUGUCACGAAGCCGUGUGGUCCUUUUGGUACAUGUAACCGAGAGAAGUCUACCUUUACCUGUUCAUGUUCAGAUGGCUAUGGUGGUAGCUUCUGUUCGGAGAGAGUGCCUCGGCUGUUACCUGACAGUCUACUGCCUGGCUCUCCUCAGUUCUAUAUUCUUGUUGUAGCAGUACUACUGGCACUACUACUGGCGCUGAUCAUCGUGGUGGUGUGUAGAAGGCAGAACAACAACAUGAACAAGAAGCCGGAUUCUGACAGAUUACCGUUGGAAGACGCUUCUGAUCCUCUGAUAGCUACUCCGGUGGCACCUCCAGUCUACCGUAACCCUACUACCCAAUUUGGCACUAAUCCACCUCCUCGACCGCCAAGACAAAAGCAUUUUAACUCUAACCUGCCGACUGUGGAAGUAAGUUUUAAUUUGAAGAUAUGAGGUCAUAUUUUAUGUUUUAAAUUAAGCAAUGUAGAUGUUAUAUUGUUUGAUCUUCUAACAUUUUGUUCAGGUGAAGCCGAUGCCAUCGAUAAACCGGACUGACACUCCUCCACAGCCUCCGAAGCAUCGGAAUCUGUACGAUACGGCCGCUGACCUCGAGUUGAAGCCUCAACCUCCACCUCAUCGAACUCUGCCAAAACAAGAUCAAGGAAGCAAUGACACUGAUGGGGGUAGCGACUAUCUGACUAUGAAACCGGUCAAACGGUCGUCAUCUUCUGCUGACAAGAACGACACAAUAAAGCUUUAUGACAACCCCGACGACCUCCCUGAGACCUCACCUGCUCAGGAUUCAGACCUACACUACACUAAAUCAUGA